GUACAUUAAGUUGCAUAAGCUAGUUGUUUUCUGAAUGCAAUUACGUAAAUAAUCAGCGUAUCCAGGCAAACAAUGGAAUUCGAAAACAGAGAGACUUGAACAGUGAAAGAAAGAAACUGCAAACAUAGACGUGUUAUCUUAUCAGAUCAAAUAAUUAAUCAUCGUAGCAUUAUUGUGUUAGGCAAAAGUAGCCACGUUACCAUCGGUCUGUUCUUUUGUUCCAUUGUCCACCACCACCACCCACAACAACAGUUCAACAGUCUAUCCUUCUUCAAUUCGUUAACGCAGAGGUACGUUUGAAAGGAGAUAGCCUACAUAACCUAUAGUGUGUCAAAUUCGUCAGCUGGUGGAGGAUUCAGUCAGUAUGGUGAUAUAGCAUCGGCGAUAGGUCGCAGACAGCGAGAAUCCUUUUAGUCGUGAAGAAACGACGACGAUCAAGGCCGGAAUUCACGAACUUCUUGCAACAUAGCACAUCGGUUUCUUGAAUGGCGGAAAUAACGAAGAUGACGCUUGUUGUAAGGGAUAUUCCGUUGGGAGUGCGCUUCUUGAGGGUUCUCAGCAAAAAGUGCUGCCCGCUGCUCCACUUCAACAGAGAGGUUUGCUAUCGAAGUAGCGUCCUGCUGCUUACCUACAUAUCGUACAUGUGCUACCAUCUGUCCAGGAAGCCGAUCUCGGUGGUGAAACCGGUGCUGCACCACAGCAGCGACCACAACUCGACGAUGAGUGACUGGGCACCCUUCGAUGGAUCAGACGCCGAUGCCGCCACUCUCCUGGGUACCCUGGACUCGGCCUUUCUAUUCGCCUACGCUUUUGCAAUGUUCGCUUCCGGUUUUGUCGCGGAGCGCGUUAACCUCCGGUACUUCCUUUCGCUUGGCAUGCUCUUCUCCGGUGUCGCCUCCUAUCUCUUUGGCAUCGCCAGAAGCUACGAUAUCCACAGCAUGACUUACUUCAUCGUGGUGCAGAUCUUCGGUGGUAUCUGUCAGACAACGGGAUGGCCGGGUGUAGUUACCGUCGUCGGAAAAUGGUUCGGAAAGGGCAAACGCGGCUUGAUCUUCGGAAUUUGGAAUUCUCAUACCAGCAUCGGCAAUAUUUUAGGUUCUCUGAUUGCCUCCAAAUACGUAGAAACAGAUUGGUCGAAUUGCUUCAUAGUACCUGGACUCAUCAUGGGCUUUGUCGGCUUCAUACUAUAUCUAUUCUUAGUGGUAAAUCCUAUGGACGUUGGUCUUCAAACACCAGACGCCCCAGAAAAUAAUAAACGAAACUAUAGGAGAUUGGAGGAUCAAGUUGCCAAUGUCGAAUCGCCAUAUGAAGAUAAUAACUCCGAUGUAGACGAUACAGAAAUAUUGAUUGGCGAUCAGGAAGUACAGAGGCGAGUGAAUGAACGCAGUUACCUUCUGAGAAAUCAGAGUAACAGCGAGGAGGAAGCAGCCAUCGGUUUUGUAGACGCGUGCAAGAUACCAGGCGUUAUAGAAUUCUCACUUUCGUUAUUCUUCAGCAAGUUGGUGAGUUACACGUUCUUGUAUUGGCUCCCACUUUAUUUGGCGAAUUCCAAAAAUAUCACUGCCAAAGACAGUGCAGAAAUGUCGACAUUGUUCGACGUUGGUGGAAUAGUUGGAGCCAUCGCGGCCGGCUUGAUAAGUGAUUACAGUGGAAUGUCCGCUUCUACGUGCGUUGGAAUGCUUAUGAUGGCAGCACCUAUGAUGUUCAUCUACCAACAUUUUGCUUCGAUAAGCAUGAACAUAAACAUGUUCCUGUUAAUCUUAGUAGGAAUUUUGGUGAAUGGACCGUACGCCUUAAUCACGACUGCGGUUUCAGCAGAACUAGGAACACAUUCCAGCCUGAGAGGAAACUCCAAAGCUUUGGCUACUGUCACUGCUAUAAUCGAUGGUACAGGUUCCAUCGGAGCCGGCGUCGGACCAUUCCUAGCCGGUCUAGUAUACAGCUACGGCUGGAACAACGUAUUCUACAUGCUGAUAGCCUCGGACAUCAUAGCCCUAGUAUUAUUGCUCCGAUUAGUUAAACAGGAGAUUAGCAAAUACAAGCAGCAUCGACGAGAGAAUCGGAUUGGUACCGUGCAAGGAAUAUUUGCAAAAUUUUAUGACAAUUGAACUCAAAGUGGCGUAAGAUGGGAUUUUAUUUUUUUAAAAACGUUUUUAUUUAUUUUUGCGUUCUCCACAAAAAAUGUACCAAAUAAAUUGACCAACAUUUUACGUUAUUCAAA